UAUCAUCACUGCAGAAUACGAGACAUUAUAGUAUUCGAUUUUUUGGCUGGGACGCACCAAAGUGACAUUUUUUCAGCUUUGUAUGGGAAGGUUUGGGUAAUGCGCGACUCGACUUGUCAUCCGCGCGUGGCGUGAAAUUCCCUCGUGGGCCAUACUUGACCCACCUCAACGUGUGUUUUCUCAUAUUUUUGCGUGCUUUUUUCCUCCCUUCUAAUCAAGUUAUCCAUGAAUGAGAUCAAUGAGAUGGAGAGCGAAUCUCAGAUCCAACUGACCAGCCAGCACUUGCCGUCCAAGUUGCAGAGGCUGAAGCGCUCGCUGUCGUUCAUGCGAAGCAAGAGCGUCGAGAACUUCUUCCAGCGGUCCUACAGCGAUGCCCGCCUUCCCCCAGAGUUGUCGACGGAGGCCGCGCCCCCGUCCCCACCUUCGCCUCCGUCCAUGGAGCUGAUGGGCUCCCCCGUUCCGGGCACGCGGGCGUCACCAUCGCUAUCGCCGUCGGUCAGCCCCAACCCUUCCAUUGCAUCCUACUCGCCCUCGCUCAGACUGUCCCCGUCGCUGCCCCCGCAGGCGCCUCAAAUGACACACUGCUUCCAAAAUCACGUUUUUCGCAAGUCUGCCAACUGCCAGCUGUGCAAGCACAUGAUACUAGGAAACUCCAAACAGGCUCUGCGGUGUAAAACAUGCAAGCUGGCAGCUCACCUGUGGUGCACGUCGGAACUCUCGCAACAGCCGUGUCAUGGAAAGUCGGGCGCCUUCAAGCGAAAUUUCAGCUCACCCAUGCUGGUCACUGAUCAGCUGUCUGUUGUCAAGGAAGUCCAGCCCAAUCAAGAGGCAGCACGGGCACGCACGGACCCAGUGUACGCCGCCUUGCGCUAUGGGACGUCGCUGGCGCAGAUGAGCCGCUCCAGUUUCGGCAGCUUGUCGGAGUCGCCCACGCGCAGCUUGGGUGAGGCGGGUGAUAGAGAGGGAAGGCAGAGCAGCGUGGAGGAAGACGUCCCUCUGGAGACAGGAGACUCCAUUGCUGCUAACGCUGAGGUAGAAAAGGAUGAAGGCGAGCGAGGGGGUCAAGCCGAGACGUCAGCUGAGGUGCCCCCCAAACGCAUCGAGGUGCACUCCAUCCACACUUAUGUGGCACUCUACAGCUUUCUCCCUCAAGAGCACAAUGAUUUGGAACUACACCCUGGAGAUCGGGUGCAAGUCACAGACGACUCCAAUGAGGAAUGGUGGAAGGGCAAGAGCGGCGACAGGGUGGGCUUUUUCCCCGCCAACUUUGUGCAGCGGGUGCGUCCCGGCGAGAGAGUGUGGCGCGUCAUCCGGGCAACGUCUGCCGGCAGCCGAGAGAGAGGACACAUGGUGGUCAAGGAGGCUCAGAUCUGCGUGGGCAAGUGUGACGACGGCGAGACUUUGGUGAAGCUGAGCAGCGGCAAGAAGCGAGGCCUCGUUCCCGCGCAUUCCAUCGAGGAGAUCUGAACUUGGUCCAAGUCCUUCUCACUUGGGUCCAUUUUUUUCUUCUGUCUUUCUGGACUGAACAGAUGGAUGAAGGGGACCGUGAAAACUAUUAGCCAGGUCUCUAUAUGUUUACAUUGGACGGACGCCUUUCCUUCUCCCUUCUUUGCGGCCUUCUCGAUGGAAAGAACGUGAUGUGCAAAGGACUGUGUGAGUCUAAAAGAAAAUGAGAUUUUUUGUUGUCGUUAGACUUCAUUACAUGGUAACAAUCUUUCUUAGAAAUAAAAAUUGGAAUCCAUCGUAAAAGCAACAGUUGGAAUGCUGAAAAAGAUUCAAUGAAAAUGUUAAUCAACAAAUUCAAUCAUUAUUUAUUACGAACAAACAAUACAGAACUAGCACAUCAGUAAACGCUUGAAUAAAUGGAGAGAUCUGAUGCUCUGAAAACAUCUUUUUUAUAUAACUUGAAGAUAACAACUAGUUAAAUAACGAGUGUAAUCCAAAAAAUGUAACAAAAUAUUUAAGAUAAUUUUGCUUAGCACUUAAAACUCAUAAUCAAGCAAUUAAACCCUUUAAAAUGUUGGCUGUUUAAAAAUAUUCCAUUCCGGUCCUUUAGGUGGCGAAAUGUAUCCCCAAACUAUAGAUAUACUGUAUAUACAUAUUAGGGCUGUCAAAAUUAUCGCGUUAACGGGCGGUAAUUACUUUUUUAAAAUUAAUCACAUUAAAAUAUUUUACGCAAUUAACGCACAUGCCCCACUCAUACAGAUUAAAAUGACAGCACAGUGCAAUGCCAACUGGUUACUUGUGUUUUUUUGGAGUUUUGUCACCCUCUGCUGGCGCUUGGGUGCGACUGAUUUUAUGGGCUUAAGCACCCAUGCGCAUUGUGUAAUUAUUGACAUCAACAAUGGCGGGCUACUAGUUUAUUUUUUGAUUGAAAAUUUUACAAAUUUUAUUAAAACGAAAACAUUAAGAGGGGUUUUAGUAUAAAAUUUCUAUAACUUGGACUAACAUUUAUCUUUUAAGAACUACAAGUCUUUCUAUCCAUUGAUCGCUUUAACAGAAUGUUAAUAAUGUUAAUGCCAUCUUGUUGAUUUAUUGUUAUAAUAAACAAAUACAGUACUUAUGUGCCGUAUGUUGAAUGUAUAUAUCCAUCUUGUUUCUUUCCGUUCCAACAAUAAUUUACAGAAAAAUAAGGCAUAUUUUAUAAAUGGUUUGAAUUGCGAUUAGUUACGAUUAAUUAAUUUUUAAGCUGUAAUUAACUCGAUUAAAAAUUUCAAUUGUUUGACAGCCCUAAUAUAUAUAUAUUUUUUAUAAAUAACGCCUGAAUAAUUUAGAAAGUACAUUCAUUCAUCUGCGUUGGUUUGGCAACCAAUUCAGAGUGUACCCCACCUACUACUUCAGCACCACCGCAACCAUUGUGAGGAUAAGUGGCUUGGAAAAUGAAUGAAUGAAUUCAUUCAUCAGCUACCGCAUUUAUAGCAUGCUCAAAAACUAAUUUCUGUGCAAGGGUGGAUAUCCCAUGGGGGACGAGUGGGACACGUCUCCCUCCUCAACUAAGGUGUCCACCUCCAAUAAUUUGGGCUAAAACGUACCCGAUUUACGUGAAUUGGACUUUACGACUCUAGGGUCUCCAGUCUUUUUGUUUGUUUGUUUUUAUAAUGUUGACUUUUGUUUUGUGAUGCAUGCUUUUUAUUUUGGCGCAGGAAUCGUAGAGCAGGUAGUACUUCCGCUCGCGAGCAAGGGCGCAUGUACACACGAAGAACAACCAAGUAGGUUAGCGUAGAGACGGUAGGGACAAAACACUACCAACUUUUCUGGUUGCUCAAAUUGUGCCGACCAACUUUUAAGCAACCUUAUUUGCAUUAUAUAAUGACUUCACUUAUAUAGGCCAUUUAGACUGUCUUUCCAUAUGUGUUAAGUUACGCGGGUAGGCCGGUGGUGUGGACCCAAUUGCAGGGAAAGAGAGGUGAGGCAGAAAAGGCGGUGCACUAAUGUUUAAAUUUCAACCAAAACGACCGGGGAAUCCAAAAACUAUUAACAAACAAAAGUCAGGCUAACAAAUUAAGCUUACUUUCGAAGCAGGACGAGGAACACGAGGAACUGGCAAAAAUGCUGACAUGAACGUGGACAUGCACAAUGUCGCAACAAGACUCAACAAAAACAGGGAGCUUAUAUAUAUAUACACAGACACGGGGCAACAAGUCAACGAGGAACAGGUGGAUGACACAGGAGGAUGCAGAUUGGAGGAUACACUAGGAGCAGGCACAACAGGUGAAAUCAAUGGGCAAUCACACUGGGACAAGCCACACUAGGAGGAAAAAACAAACACAAAACCUUAUGUUUUAUACAACAAUAUGUUGUAUGGAUAAAAUUGACCCUACCACUAUUAAGUGAACUACUCUCAUUGUGUUCAGACUUACAUUUACCCCUUUUUCAUGCUGAAUGUGCCGGUCCAUUCCCCACCACCCUCAAAGGCAUGCUUGAUUGGCUGAUGACUAGACCCCCCCCCACCUCACCUUUCAAGACAAACGCACACACACAACCUCAACAGAAACCGCCUCCUUCACCCCCUUCGAAGAGGAGGGAUAUUAGAAGUCCUUUUCGCAGCAGCCACUGUAAGUAAUGUAAAAAGAGAAUGUUGUGGACGGUAAGGAAUGCGCCACUAAUUUUGCUACUGACAGUCUGACCUGUAUCAGAAUUUGCAUAGCUUUAAAAUGUGUGAACUCACUAACCUACAAAACUCGAGUACACUACAAAAACACAUCUCCUUAAAAUGAGUCAAAUUCCCUUGUUUUCAGUGUAAUUACACUAGAAAUAAAUUAUCUGCCAGUGCUUCAAGUAAAUUUGACUCAGAUUCCUUGAAAUAAGAAAAAAUAGCUAGCUGUAAGUAAGACUGACACUUAUUUAUGGUCUAAGACGCUGCUUAGGGAGAGGUGCCGGGACCUUUCACACCUUUCACUAUCAAAUAAAGUGUUACCAAAUACCAUAACUAGCAAUUAAUGAAACAAGUGGAACAGUAUCUGAAGAAAUAAUUAGCACAGAACAUUUAAUUUUGAUUGUUAUUCACAUCUAUAGCGUUGCAAUACAUGCUAGGAGGCAUGUUGGACAACAACAGUGUUGACAGCAGGUGGCAGCAGAGGUUGACUGUCUCCCUUAUGGGAGUAGUGAUGGCCAAAUGAAGCUUCUUGAAGCAAUGAUGGUGGUUCAUUUGGUCUUAUGACAGUCGUAUGAUGCCGCUGUCAAAUAAGGGCGUUACCCGUUAAUAUCUUUUGGUAUAAAUAUUCCAUAAUACAGUGAGGACGGCUGCCGCUUAUAGUCCAGUGUAGCUUAUCUAUGAGAUAAUGUCGUUUAUGUGUCAAAUUUGGUGGGUGGCGGCUUAUAGUCAGGUGCGCCUUAUAGUCCGACAAUUACUGUAAUUUUAACUUUUGUCCAUUUUUACGUAGGAAACACAUCAGCACAUUCGUAGGGAAAUGUAGCCCUGACCCCGUUCACCUACAGCAGGGGUGUCCAAGUCCUCGAGAGCCCCUAUCCAGCUUGUUUUCCAUGUCUCCCUCCUUGAACACACCUGAAUCAAAUGAUCAGCUCAUCAGCAAGCU